AAUCUCUAUAUCUCAUAAUUCAGAUCAAGGACAGCUUAUUUUUAUUGCAGCACCAUCUUCUGGACAAAGGGUGAGUCUCUAAAGUCACAGGUUCAUAUUGUAGAUACCCUUUUCACACCAUGUUCUGAUCCUGCUUUUAGAAGAGAUGAACUGGUUGAUCACGGCCGAACCGAUCUGAAUUCAAGCCUUUGAAGAUUGAAGUUUGAAUCUUUUCUCAAAUCCCAUUUCAAUGAGGAAUCCAAAAUUUCCAUGCAGGGGAAUGGAUUAUAGGCUAUUAUGCCUUCUAGCCUUUGGUGUUUGUUUGCUCUUGUUUGGAGCAAUAUUCUCAAGAUUGAAUCUUCAAAUUCCAAAUGGAUCUUCCUAUUCCAAAGUCACAAAUAAGUUACAACAAUUCAGUAGUCCUAAAAGAGUUGUAAGAAAGGGUGAAGGGUACCCUCCAAGUUUUGCAUAUUGGAUCAUUGGCACAAAAGGAGAAAACAAGAAGAUUUUGAGGCUUUUGAAGGCUAUAUACCAUCCAAGAAACCAGUAUCUUGUUCAGCUUGAUGAUGAAUCCACUGAGUCUGAGAGAAUUGAUUUGGCUCUCUCAGUUAAAUCCCAUAGAGUUUUUGAGGCAUUUGGGAAUGUUGAUGUUAUUGGGAGUAGUUAUGCCAUUAAUAGGAUGGGAUCUUCUUCACUUUCUGCUCCUCUUCAUGCUGCUGCUAUUCUUCUUAGAAUGAACCAACAUUGGGAUUGGUUCAUAACCUUGAGCUCUUCGGAUUAUCCUAUAGCGACUCAGGAUGAUAUCCUUCAUGCUUUCACAUUCAUGCCAACAUAUCUCAAUUUCAUUCACUACACUAACAGGACACUUCGAAAUGAGCAACGAAACAUGAAUCAAAUAGUGGUAGAUCCAAGUUUACAUUAUGAAAAGAGCAGUCCACUCUUCUUUGCUGUUGAGUCCAGAGAAACCCCAGAUGCCUUUAACAUAUUCCUAGGUUCACCAUGGGUGAUUCUUACAAGAGCAUUUAUGGAAUAUUGCAUCCAAGGUUGGGACAACUUACCAAGAAAACUACUAAUGUUCUUCAGCAAUGUGGCAUACCCUCUUGAAUCUUACUUCCACACUGUGUUGUGCAACUCUCCAGAGUUCCAAAACACAACAUUGGACAUUAAUUUAAGGUACAGUCUUUGGGACACUGAUCCAACCGAGUCCCAAUUGCUUGAUUUGUCACACUAUGACACAAUGCUGGAAAAUGGUGAUGCUGCUUUUGCAAGACCAUUUGGUGAAGGUGAUCUUGUUCUUGAUAAAAUUGAUGAUUUGAUUCUUAAUCGUUCAUCUAAUGGAUUGGUUCAGGGUGAGUGGUGUUCUUCAAGCAUAGAAGAUGAGGCAGAUUUAGUGUGUUCAAUAUAUGGUAACAUUGAUAGUGUAAAGCCAAGUUCUUAUGGCAUUAAGCUUAAGACUAUGUUAGUUGAAAUUGUGAAUAAUGGGGUAUUUAGAACUAGAUCUUGCCAAUUCCACAAAAUGGGGUGACAAAUUUUAUGUUGCAAAUUAAAAUGUAUGAUUUUUCCAUCACAUUAUGUUAACUAUUGAGAUGAAUUUUU